AUGGGUCGGUACCGAGGGUACUCCUGUCUUUCUGCACCACCCAAUGAGAAGAAAACAAUCUUGGCCUUUUUGGGUUGCGUCAGCUUGCUCAAUCAAACACGGGCCGGUGGUCUACGUAUAAAAGAACCACCUGCUCCUGCUGCUGUGACUGAGUGCUCUAAAGCUGUAUUGCUAUGUGUUUAG